UUCACAUGAUCUAUCAAUCUUAACUUUAAAUAUCAAGUCAAGACAGUUGUUGUCUUGCCCUGCGAUUUUAAUUAAAUCAUCAUUAAAUCCAUGAUUAUUAUAUUCAAUGACUCAAUGAUGGCAAAUUCAAUAUUUUACCGGAAUUACAUCAUUUUAUUUUUAAUCAUGUUAAAUCUAACUGAAGAUUCAGCUACUCGAUCUACCACUACACCUGAAAUAAUAAUGACAACUGAUCUGGGAGAUAUAUCAUUUGACUUGCUGAACCAUAAUUCAACAGCUCCGAUUUUACAACCAUGUCAGGCUUAUCUUCAAAUGUUUGCUGAAUCUGCUUCUAAUUUUACUGAGUGUUUAAUUCUGAAUGCGAGACCAUUCAGAUUUUGUGAAAGUUGUGUUGUACAUUAUACCAAAGCAAGAGGAGUGUAUAGGGAUUUAUUUGAAAGAAAAGAUAAAGAAUGUCAUGAUGCUUUACUAAAAGCAGAUAGAAUACAAGUUUUAACCUUAGUGUAUAAUAAUAUGCUUAAUGUCUGGUCUAAUGCUGAUUGUGAAAAUUGUUUUGAGACUAUUGUGGAAGGUGAAGAUGGAGAUGUUAAUUUUACACUAACCAAUGAUACAAUAUUAUUUCAUAAUUAUUUUAAGAAUGUAUCAGUUUGUCUAAAUGUUACACCAGGGAGUAUUAUUGAUACAGAACAUCAAUGGAAUUCUAGUGAUUGUAUCAAAUGUAAGAAAUCCUAUUCAGCUUUAAAUUCACAUUAUGAAAAAAUUGUGAAAGAAACAUCAUACCAUGUUUGUAUGGACAUCAUUGAUAUGAUGAAUUACACAAGAUUAAUGUGGGGGAAGAUGUUAAAUUGUUCUCACAGACAAGGGGACGAGGCACCAGUCUUAGGUAUAGCAUUUGUAAUGGGUAUGGUACCUGUAAUAUUCUACACCGCUAAUAGAAUAUUUGGUGCUAAACAUGAAAAAAGUAUUGUUGUUCAAAAGAGAUUAAAGAAACCAUCCUCUGUACCAGACUAUGGAAGCAAUUAUUCACGAAAUUCUACACAACAUGUUACAUUUUCUACCAGUACAUCAUCCAACUAGUCUUAAGUAUUUUAAAUUUUUAAUAGUAUGUGAUAUAAGACAGUGUUAUAUUGGCUCUAGUGAUAUGUAAAUUAAUAUCUUUUAAGUAGAUGAAUUUUUAUUGCAUGGAAUAAGAUUUAUAUUCAAAUUUAUGUAUGUGUUUAUAGGUAUACAGUUAUCAAAAUUAUUUUGUAUUGGAUUUGUAAGUCGAUGUUCAAUAUCAAGUUGAUCUUGAUUAUGAUAUCAAUACAUGUAUCUAGUCAAUUUUCAGUUUUCUUUUGACUUUCAGAAUAUAUUUUGACACUGUUUUAUCAUAUGUAUAAUGCCAUUAGGCUUUUUAUUGAUUAUGAAAAAGUCUGCAAAAUCAGAUAUGAAAAAUUUGUCAUUUAUGGAAACAGAAUUUUGUUAUUACACCCUUUGGCAAGUGUUAAUGGCAAAAGAGCUGUUGUACUUAAUAUUUUAAUACUCUCUUAUUUUAAUGACCUUGACCAAACACAUAC